UUUAUUUUUUUAUUUCAAGAACCUUUACCAGCUUCUUCUUUUCUCCCUACACAUUUCGACCCCCCGCCCUGCGAUCUAGAGCUCUCUCUCUCUCUAAAAAAGGAAAACCCUAAUUAACUUAAAUAUAUUAAUCACGUCCAUUUCUCAAUCCCAAAUUCGCGAGUUCGAUCUCCGAUCCUCGAUUUCUUUGUAAUUCAAGUAGAUUUAGGGUUUGGAGGAGAGAUGGAUUCGAGCAGGAGAGCGGUGGAAUCGUACUGGAGAUCGAGGAUGAUCGAUGGAGCAACAUCUGAUGAAGACAAAGUCACUCCUGUUUACAAAUUGGAAGAGAUUUGUGAGCUCUUGAGGUCUUCUCAUGUUACUAUUGUCAAAGAGGUCUCCGACUUUAUACUCAAGAGGCUCGACCACAAGAGUCCCGUUGUUAAACAAAAGGCGUUGAGAUUGAUAAAAUAUGCUGUGGGAAAGUCUGGUGGAGAGUUCAGAAGGGAAAUGCAAAGACAUUCUGCAGCUGUGCGUCAGUUGUUUCAUUACAAGGGUCAGAUGGAUUCUUUGAAGGGGGAUGCCCUUAACAAAGCAGUGAGGGAUACAGCUCAUGAGACUAUCUCUGCUAUUUUUUCUGAGGAGAAUGGUAAGCCAGCUGCUCCUGCUGAAAAUCUUAACAAACGAAUACAAGGUUUUGGGAAUACGAAUUUUGAUAUGCCAUAUGAAGAUAAAAAAUCGUUCCUUACCGAGGUAGUUGGUCUUGGUAGUGCGUCUAUCAAGCAGGGAAUUACUAGCCUAACACAAAGUCAUUCGUUAAGAAAGAAUGAUAAUGGGAGCUACAAGAGCCCAAAUCUUCAUCGGUCAUUGACCAUAGAAAAUGACUCCUCGGAUAGAUAUCAACCAGUUCAGUUGAACAAUGAAGCUCAGGGUAGUUCUGGAGUUUCUAAGAAUGUGGCCACGGGACCUUGGGGCCAGGACUCGAGAGUAAUGAAUGCAGAAACAAAAAAGGAGGACUCCAGCUCACGCUAUACAGAGAGUAAGACUCGCGAGGAGAAGUUGUUAGAGACCAUAGUGACAUCUGGUGGUGUGCGGCUACAACCUACCCGUGAUGCCAUUCAAGCUUUUCUAGAGGAGGCAGCAAAGUUGAAUGUAUUGGCUCUAAGUCAUGCCCUUGAAUCCAAGCUUCAAUCUCCUGUGUGGCAGGCUCGCAUGAAAGCUGUGUGCCUACUUGAGUCAAUUCUGAGGAGAAAGGAUGAUGAACAAUUUUCAAUUGCAUAUUCCUAUUUUAGCGAAAAUAAAGAUUCUGUCGUGAGAUGUUCUGAAUCUCCCCAAAACUCUCUCAGGGAAAAGGCUAACAAGGUGCUAAGCCUUUUGGGCGGGGAACCACUUGGUAACAUGGUAGGUAAUUCAGUAAAGGCUGAGACAGCUCAUGUCCAGAUGCCUGACUUAAUGGACACUGGAGAUUCAGAUGAUUUCUUUGGGACAGAUGAUUCUAUAAAGAAGCAAAGUGAACAACAUAUAGUGAACCCUAUGACCUCAACAACCCCAUUAAUUGAUGAUCUAUUUGGAGAUGGUGUUGGCACGGGUGUUAGUACCGGGGAGGAGCAGAAAAAUGAAGAUCCCUUUGCAGAUGUUUCAUUUCACACUAGUGAGGGUAGGGAGCAUGGGGAUGAUCUCUUUUCUGGGAUGACUUUUGAUGAUAAACCAGGUGCUGAUGAGAACCAUAUGCCUGCCAAUAAAAAUGGACCCGAGCUAUUUGAUAUCUUUGGGUCAAAUUCUGAAUUUUUAAAGGGGCAAGAAAAUAGUGAAACAGGCGUUAGUGACUUAAUGGCGGGCAUGUCCAUUAAUGAUAAUGUCUCGAAUCUGCAAGUAACCUCUCCGGCAGUGUUCUCAGAAAGUCUCUUCUCGGAUUUAACCAGUAAUCCAAGCCAUCAGGUCACAAAUGAUGCUUUGAAUGGCUCGCUUGGCUUGUCAGCGACUGGGAUAAAUGUAAACCCACUACAUCCUUCCGGUACCGUGCCAUAUAAUAUGCAUCCUGGCAUAAUGCUGAACCCAGCUUUUCAUUCUCAGCCGAUAAAUUAUGCUGCCAUGGGGAAUUUUCUUGCACAACAGCAAUUUCUUGCAACAAUGUCCAACAUUCAACAUCUAAGUAACCUAAAUGUGCAAAAUGCUGGUGUUAGUCAUGCUUCGGGGACUGAUGGAGGUGGAUAUUCUUCUGCUCUUCCUGAUAUAUUCCAAUCGAACUUCCCAAAUCAGGCUCCUACGUCAACGAUGAACAGCUCUAAAAAAGAAGAUACCAGAGCAUUUGAUUUUAUCUCAGACCAUGUUGCAGCAGCACGUGAUCCAAAGAGAGUGGCCUAGAUUUUUGUGAUUGCAUUCUUGACCUUGAAGGAUGUCCUUCCCCCUCAGAUGACAAAAUAGCAGACACCUGCCUUGCCCCCUGCUUUCUGUACACGUGGGUUCCAGCUCUAGGCCUUUGGAUCUAAUUCAACACUGCCAUCAAUGUGAUUCCCCUCGGAGCAAGCAUUAGCCUUUUGCUUCGCGAUGACCAGAAGCUAGUGAGAACAUCUUCCUCUCCUUUGGCCAGGGUUAUGGAUUAUACUUGAAUGUCGUAAUUGUAAAGCUAUUAGCUACAUCAUAAGAACAUUAGAUAAUUUUGUAUGAUUCCACUAAUAGUAAGUGAAUAAUUAUAUAUUUUUAUUUUAA